GCUUCUGGUCAUCUUUAGGGAACCUGACCUCACCGUCUUGUCACCUGCGAAAUUCUUAUUUGGCGACCACCUCACCUCCAUCCCCUCCCUCAUAGAUCCUUUGUUCCCAGCACAGGUAGAGCAGGAAGAUGUCGGAGCCUGUGGCCAUGAGCCUGCUGGAGGAUUGGUGCAGAGGUAUGGGACUGGAUAUCCACAGGUCUCUGCUGGUCACUGGCAUCCCUGAGCACUGUGGCCACGCAGAAAUCGAGGAAACCUUGAACGGGGUCCUCUUGCCACUGGGCACGUACCGUGUGCUCAAUAAAAUUUUUUUGCGGCAAGAGAAUGUAAAGGCUGCUCUCGUUGAGGUCAGCGAAGGUGUGAAUCUAAGCUCUAUACCCCGCGAGUUUCCAGGGAGGGGCGGUGUCUGGAAAGUGGUCUGCAGGGACCCUACCCAGGACGCCGAGUUCUUAAAAAAUCUGAACGAAUUCUUGGAUGCUGAAGGACGAACUUGGGAGGAUGUGGUACGCCUCUUGAGGCUUAACCACCACCCAUCAUUCCCGAACUCAAACCAGCCUCCACCGAACUGGGCAGAAGCUAUGGGACUGCUUCUGGGUGCGGUGGUACAGGUUAUCUUCUACAUGGAUGCUGAAAUCCGUAAUCGGGAGGAAGAAGCGAGGUCUGAGGAAGCUGAGUUGAUGGCAACGUGGGCUUCUACAGCGAAGAGGAGGGUAAAGAAGGAACCCGGGCUGGGCGUAGAGGUGGGAUCGGCUUUCAAGAUGGAGGAUGAAAACUAUUGGAGGAGCGCGGAGGAUCGCGGUGAUGCUCUAAAACCUCUAGCUCGCAGGGCUGGAGGUAAGAUUCGCUCCAGGAGAAGGAAGCAGAAAAAAAAUCCUAAGCAAGAACCAAUAUGCUGGAGAAAACCCCAAGGUACCAAUUACAACAACAAGGUAUAUUUGGAAAGCGUUGAAGCUGCAGCUGUCCAAAGCUCAGAGACCCCAGAGUCUGUCAAGAGCAGCAAAAAGCCCUCCGUGAAGCAGGAGGAGACAGUUUGGAAGAAGGAACGAGUUUGGAAGGAUCCUAACGAUCUUCCUCAGAAUACAAUGGCCACAGCAGAGAGUUCUGGGAGUCUGGAGGACUCAGAUCAAGGUGGUAGUCCCAAGAGCCCUCCAAAGAAGAAAGCCAUGACUUGGGCCUGGAACAAGAUCCCUGCCUCCAUGAGGAAGAAGAGGAAGUUGAGCAUGGGCUCGCUCUCUUAUGUUCUGGUUGAUUCUGAAGCCACCAAGAACAAACCUGUAAUUUCCAAGAAAGGGUUUGGUUCUAGAAGGGCCAUGUCGGCUCAAAGGGCUCCUGGGGGUGCCCAGCCUGCAGAUACACUGGCUUCAACAUCCAGAGCUCGGAAGACCAAGCCAGGAGGCUUCCCUCGUGUCUCCAAAGGUGAGUGGAUAUAGAAAUGGUCAGUUAAAGU